CGGCCUGGGCUCUGCUAGACUAGCUCUCUGGUGUUCAGCGUCUCUGCCCACGUGGGAACCUAAGCUUUGUAGAACCGUCUUGAACCUAAAGUGCGGGAGAAAAACCUGCAUCAGGAGUGAUGGGACCGGCACCUGCCGGAGAGCGGCUGGGUGGAGCAGCUGGAGAGUCCGAGAUGAUUGAACCAGCCCAGCAAGGCACAGGCAGGGAGGUGCAGAAGGCAUCCUCAAGGAAGCGUACAGUGGCUACAUCUCCAGUGGAGGGCCUCCUUCAGCCAGUGAAGCUCAGCCGGGCAGAACUGUACAAGGAGCCUACCAAUGAGGAGCUGAAUCGCCUUCGGGAGACCGAAAUCCUGUUCCACUCCAGCUUGCUUCGUUUACAGGUAGAGGAGCUACUAAAGGAAGUGAAGCUGUCAGAGAAGAAGAAGGAUCGUAUCGACACCUUUCUACGAGAGGUCAACCAGCGGAUCAUGAAAGUGCCCUCAGUCCCUGAGACAGAGCUUACUGACCAGGCAUGGCUCCCUGCUGGGGUUCGAGUUCCCCUCCACCAAGUGCCUUAUACCGUGAAGGGCCGUUUCCGCUUCCUGCCCCCAACUCAGGUCACUGUUGUGGGCAGCUACCUUCUGGGCACCUGCAUCCGACCAGACAUCAAUGUGGAUGUGGCACUGACCAUGCCUAGGGAAAUCUUACAGGACAAGGAUGGGCUGAACCAGCGCUACUUUCGCAAGCGUGCCCUCUACCUGGCCCACUUGGCUCACCAUCUGGCCCAGGAUCCCCUCUUUGGCAGUGUUCACUUCUCCUACGCCAAUGGCUGUCACCUGAAACCCUUACUGCUGCUGCGGCCACAUGGGAAGGAUGAGCGCCUGGUCACCGUACGUCUACAUCCAUGCCCACCGCCUGACUUUUUCCGCCCAUGCCGUUUGCUGCCAACCAAGAACAAUGUGCGCUCUGCCUGGUACCGAGGUCAGAGUCCUCCAGGAGAUGGGAGCCCAGAGCCACCAACUCCCCACUACAACACAUGGGUCCUGCAGGACACAGCUCUUGAGUCCCAUGUGCAGCUGCUGUCAACUGUGUUGGGCUCAGCCUCCGGGCUAAAGGACGGCGUGGCACUUUUGAAGGUGUGGCUGCGGCAGCGGCAGCUGGACAAGGGCCUAGGUGGGUUUAACGGAUUCCUUAUGUCCAUGCUGGUUGCCUUCCUCGUGUCUACACGGAAGAUUCACACCACCAUGAGCGGCUACCAGGUCCUGCGAAGCGUCUUUCAGUUUCUUGCCACCACGGAUCUGGCAGUCAACGGCAUCAGUUUAUGUCUCAGCUUAGAUCCCUCCUUGCCGGCCCUGGCAGACUUCCACCAGGCCUUCCCUGUUGUCUUCCUGGACUCCUCAGGCCGUCUCAACCUCUGUGCUGAUGUCACUGCCUCCACUUACCACCAGGUGCAGCAUGAGGCACGGCUGUCCAUGGCAUUGCUGGACACCAGAGCUGAAGACGGGUUCCAGCUGCUGUUGAUGACUCCUAAACCCAUGAUUCGGACUUUUGACCAUGUCCUGCAUAUCCGUCCACUGAGUCGCCUGCAGGCAGCGUGUCACCGGCUGAAGCUCUGGCCAGAACUGCAAGACAAUGGUGGGGACUAUGUCUCUGCUGCUUUGGGUCCACUAACUACUCUUCUAGGACAGGGCCUGGGACCCCGGCUUCUCCUCCUGGCUCACUCGCGGCCCUCGGUCCCAGAGUGGGACAUUAGCCAAGGUCCACCAAAGCACAAAGACUCUGGGAUGCUGACCCUGGGAUUGCUCCUUCAGCCUGAGGGGCUGACCAGUGUCCUUGAACUAGGUCCCGAAGCUGACCAGCCUGAGGCUGUUGACUUUCGCCAGUUCUGGGGACCUCGCUCAGAGCUUCGACGUUUCCAGGAUGGAGCCAUUCGGGAAGCAGUGGUCUGGGAGGCAACCUCUAUGUGCCAAAAGCGCCUUAUUCCCCACCAGGUGGUCUCCCACCUUUUGGCACUCCAUGCUGACAUCCCAGACACCUGUGUCCACUAUGUGGGGGGUCAACUGGAUGCACUGAUCCAACGCCCAAAAGAGACAUCCAGCACAGGCGAGGAGGCCCUGGCAGUAGCAGUGCGUUGCUAUGAUGACCUCAGCCGCCUGCUGUGGGGACUGGAGGGUCUCCCCCUGACUGUGUCUGCUGUUCAGGGAGCUCACCCAGUACUGCGCUACACAGAGGUAUUCCCACCAGCUCCAUUCCGGCCAGCCUACUCCUUCUAUGAGCACCUGCGAGAGCGGGCCUCGCUAGCGCCCCGGCCCGAUAAGCCCUGCCCAGCCUAUGUGGAACCUAUGACCGUGGUUUGUCAUCUGGAGGGCAGUGGCCAGUGGCCGCAGGAUGCCGAGGCUGUGCGGAGAGUCCGAGCUGCCUUCCAGCUGCGCCUGGCGGAGCUGCUAACACAACAGCACGGGCUGCUGUGCCGGGCCACUGCCACACACACAGAUGUCCUCAAGGAUGGGUUUGUGUUCCGGAUUCGCGUGGCCUAUCAGCGGGAACCCCAGAUCCUGAAGGAGACACGGAGCCCUGAAGGGAUGAUCUCACUGAAGGACACGCCUGCCUCCCUCCGCCUUGAGAGAGACACAAGGCAGUUACCCCUGCUCACCAGUGCCCUGCAUGGACUCCAACAGCAGCACCCGGCCUUCUCCAGUGUGGCUCGGCUGGCCAAGCGGUGGGUGCGUGCCCAGCUCUUGGGUGAAGAACUCACUGAUGAGAGCCUGGAUCUGGUGGCUGCUGCCCUUUUCCUGCACCCUGAGCCCUUCACCCCUCCCAGCUCCCCCCAGGUUGGCUUCCUUCGCUUCCUUUUCUUGGUGUCAACCUUUGACUGGAAAAACAAUCCCCUGGUAGUCAACCUCAACAAUGAACUCACGGCGGACGAGCAGGUGGAAAUCCGCAGUGGCUUCCUGGCAGCUCGGACACGACUCCCUGUCAUGUUCAUCGUUACCCCCCAGGACCGCAAAAACUCUGUGUGGACACAGGAUGGACCCUCAGCCCAGAUCCUACAGCAGCUUGUGGUCCUGGCAGCUGAGGCGCUGCCUAUCCUAGAGAAGCAGCUAAUGGACCCCCAGGGACCUGGGGACAUCAGGACAGUGUUCCGGCCACCCUUGGACAUGUACGAUGUGCUGAUCCGCCUGUCUCCCCGCCACAUCCCGCGGCACCGCCAGGCCGUAGACUCACCAGCUGCCUCCUUCUGUCGUGGCAUGCUCAGUGAGCCAGGGCCCUCAACCCUGAUGCCUGUGCUGGGCUAUGAUCCUCCCCAGCUCUAUCUGGCACAGCUCAGGGAGGCCUUCGGGGAACUGGCCCUUUUCUUCUAUGACCAACAUGGCGGGGAGGUGAUUGGUGUCCUCUGGAAGCCCACCAGUUUCCAGCCCCAGCCCUUUAAGGCCUCCAGCACAAAGGGGCGCAUGCUGGUAUCUCAAGGUGGGGAGCUGGUGAUGGUGCCCAAUGUGGAAGCAAUCCUGGAGGACUUUGCUGUGUUAGGUGAAGGCUUAGUGCAGGCCGUAGAGGCCCGAAGUGAGAGGUGGACCGUGUGAUGCCAGUCCUGGAACAAGCUAGAUGGACAAUAGGACUUUGGAGCUCUGGAACACUAUGUCAGGAGGAUAACCUUUGCUUUCAUUGCAUAUGGACCCUCCAUGAGGGCCUGCUGGCCUGAAGACACUGAAUCGUCUCAAAAACUCUGCCCCAAUUUUCUCUCAUAAUCCAGGAUUGAGGCAGGGGUAAUAGUGUCCUGUGGAGUCGCCAGGACCUUCCCAUCUGAACUGCCAGAGAGGAGUAGGAGCCAGUUUAGAGAAGGAGCUAAACCCAAGAGAUCUAUCCACCUGUCAUACCUGGGCCUGGGGCCUUUUUAUUACUAUUUUUAAAAUUAUACAUUUUUUUUCUUUAUUCAUGAUAGCACAUGUGAAUACAAGUGAGAGAAAAAUGAGUACCCUUCCCUAAGAUCAAGUCAUGUCGUGAUCCUUUUCCUUCAGUCCUCCGACCCAUUGGAUCUUAAGCAUUUAUAUACGUGCCUGGCAUAUUUCAGGCUGAUCAUGCUGGGGAUUUAGAUCACAUUUGCCACAUGGGAUUCAGUUUCUUUGAGUAGCACAUUACUGUUGGCCCAAGGAACCUUUUUAUUUUUUAUUGUUCCAUUGUAGGCUUCUCCCAGGAACAGUUGGAGAAGAGGGUAGACAGCUGGGGUGGAGUCUGUCUCCUUCCCACUACAUGUGCUUAGAUCUCAACAUGCCCUUCACUGCAGCAUCAGGCCUUUGAGAUGGCACCCAGAGGAGAUACAGCACUUCCUGAGGGUCAUAGAGCACCAGUGUCAGGCAGUGGGAAGAGGACCAUGUGUGUAUGAACAGACUGCAUUGAAAGGACACAGCGCCCUCCUAUGUUGGUUCUUCUGUCCUCCAGGAUGGCGGCACUAGGGAAAAACAGGAUUGGAAGGAGCUGGGUGGUGAAGGGGUCAGGGGAACUGGUGGUCUUCCAGUCUGAGAGAGAUGCAGGAAGCACUAGAUACCAGCCCCUACCUCCCCUUCCUCCCCUGCCCCCCCAGUAUCUGAGUGCCUUGCACCUUCUGUUUCUGCCUUAGCUAUCUGCCUGUUCAACUCACAAACUGCCGCAUGCACCUCCAGUGGCUUGUAGAGAUGAUUUAUACCCAAGACCUGCUCUUCAGGAGCUUCUAGGGCCCCCUGGAGAAGAGGGAAUGCUGCCUUCUUUCAAUCUGGUCCACACCCCCUUUCUGGCAGCCUCUCUGUUUCUCCGUCUCUAAUCCUGGCUGUUUAUCCAGACUCAGCUUAAAUAGUGCCCCUCCUUAAGCCCCUCCCUGGCCCCCAGCCUUAGGUGAUCUUUCCCUCCUCAGAACUAUUAAGGCAAUUACUGUCUGUUCAGUUCACUUGGCAGGCAUGUACAAUGGUGUGAACUUCUCUAUUGUCUUGAACUCUGAUUUAAAAUUUAAUUGCUUAAUUUCUCCUAUGUACUUCUGGCUUAUCUCCCUUUUUUGACAUGGUUUUGACCUAGUCUCUCAUACGUAAGCUCCUGGAGGGCAGGGAACAUGUUUAGACACAGGUUUCUUGGUGUCCUUCACAGCACCUGGUACAGUGCAGUGCUUUGCUCAGGCAGGAUACAGGUGUGUGCAGAAGGGGCAUCCAGCCCAGGCAACUCGGGUGCAGGAAAGGCCACCAGAAGACUUCAUAAUUUGCAAACUGUCCCACAGGUCGGGUAGUGGUGGUGAGAAGGAAAACCUGAGAUAAUAAAAAGCUGGCAGUUAAGGGCCAGCCAGGGGCAAAGCUCUGUGAUGUUGGGCCUAUGGGAGAAGGCCCCAGGUUUGCAUCAAAGGCCUCCCUGUACACGCUGGGCAUGCCUUAUUCUACUACAGACCAUGUAGGGGUGCCCGUUGGUCAUAGAAGACAUCUUAGAAGAUGUUUAUUGAAUGAAGGAAUAGGCCCAGGAUGGGCACUUUGUACACGGACUGUUUGGUGUCUGGCUAGUGAACACCUGCCUCAGAAUAAGCCACAUGUGGAAAGCUGGUCUCUAAUUUCAUCUCAACUCUUGGUCUUUGUGAAUCUCUGCUGCCCCUGCUGUGACUGUCAUGGGAAAGUGCAACCCAGGGUUGAAGUUAACAUGGAAGAUAAAUUGGUUGGCUUCGUGUAAGAGGAGUCUACAUCUUUCCCAGUGCUGUACAGUCAUGCAUUGCUUAAUGAUGGGAGUACAUUCUGAGAAAUGCGUAAUUGGAGUUUCAUCAUGGGAUCAUCAUAGAGUGUCCUUACACAAACCUAGAUGUUAGACUACACACCUAAGCUAUAUGGCACAGCCUGCUGCUCAUGGGACUGGCGUCCUAUGUGUGACCCGUCAUUGACAUGCCGUGGUGCGUGUGUUGACUGUAUAAUUCAUAAACUUCAUGGAGCCCUGUUGGCCAUGAUCCAUGUUAUCUUUGU